CGUUGACGUAAGAGGGCGUGUCCAAACGAAGGACAGAAGGGGACUCCACAAUGGGAGACGGCUUUCGUGAUCAGCUGAUAGAGGACAGCGCCUUCCUCAAAGCUGACCGGAGACUGGACACGGAGCUGGUGGACAAACUUAUCCUGCAGCUCAACAGGAUCUACCCGCAGAUCCUCACAGACAAGGAGGCCACCAAAUUCCGAAACUUGGACGUGCCCACAAGUGUCCGAGUGGGUGAGCUCCUGACACACCUGCAGGCGAAAGGAGAGGAAGCGUGCCGGGAGUUUUACAGAGCUCUUCAUUUGCAUGUAGAGGAGGUAUAUUACAGCUUGCCCACACGGCUCCGCCUCAGAGAUUACUUAGGUCCACUCGCACGUAUCUACCAUCAGAAAUAUGUUCUGAACGACAGAGGUCCCCUUUUCUUUCUGGGCUGUUUCAGCGUCGCAGUGGGAAUGGCUUUAUUCUAUUACUACAGUGAGUCUAAAGGAACAGGAGGUAGCCGGGCCCUUGGGAUGGCUGCUCUGGGUUUGAAAAGAAAGGCUCAGGAGGUUCUCAUAUGGUACACUGAAGAAAGCCUCAUGAAGUAAAGGGUCACUCCUUCACACCACGUGCUCUAGCAGUACUCAUUCUCAUGAAUGCUAUUUGUACCAAAGCACAACACGAUAUAUCUUUUCAAGAGUUGAAUACUAAUUUUGUACACAGUUGUAUAUAAUAUUUUGCCUGUGAUCUAAAUGAGAAAGAUAGGGGGAAAUUCAGAGCUGCAUUUGGCACUUUGCUCUCAUAUGUUGAGACCUAUUUAAGUGGGUUAAAGGGAUUGAUUACACUCGAGGGAUGAUCACAGUAAAAUCAAAAACAAGAUGAUUAAACAAUUUGUUUUGCUAUUGUCUUCAAAUUAUGCAGCAUAAAGCACCUUUUACAGACAAAAAAGGAAAAUAUUGACUGCAUUAGUGAAAAAUUAGGCAUUUUAAAUGAAUUAAAUUAAUGAUUUAAAUUACACUUGGAGGUACAUCCUUAACUACAUAGGAUAAGCCUACAUUUUCCAUCAUUUAAAAAAGCCUCCAAUUCAUCAGUGCAUUUUGCAGCCAUAGUAAAAAAAAA